GUACACGACGGUACGACGUCUUCCUGUCCCACAGUGCAGCUGAACUCUGGAGCCCCGCUGGACACGGACUGCGAUUAAACUGGUGUCAUGGCGAACAGACCUGCAGUGCUGAUGCAGCUGGUGGCUUCAGCCUACGCCGUGGCCGAAAAGGCUGGAACUAUUGUCCAGAAAGUGCUUCAAAGUGGAGAGCUGGGUAUCGUUGAAAAGUCAGGAGCCAAUGAUCUACAGACUCUGGCUGACAGGCUUGUUCAGAAGAGUAUAUGUGCAUCCCUGUCGAAAAGCUUCCCUAAAGUCACUAUCAUCGGGGAGGAGGAAUUACCAGCUGAGGCUGUUGAAGAGGACCUGAUAGAGAACGGACAAAGCAGCCUAAUUCUACAAAAAUCUUGUCCGGAUCAGUAUGCCAGCCUGAAGGAGGAAGAGCUGGUUGUGUGGGUGGACCCUCUUGAUGGCACUAAAGAAUAUACAGAAGCUGCAAGGGUUUUGUACAGCCCAGUUUACAUACAGAAGCCAGAGCAGCCCUACAGAGCCCCUAAUCGGCUCUUGGAUCAUGUGACCGUACUAAUAGGCAUUGCUUAUGGAGGGACAGCCAUUGCUGGAGUCAUCAAUCAACCCUUCUACAACUACCAGGUCCAACCAAUGGGGGCUGGUGCUUCUUUGGGCAGAACAUUAUGGGGAGUACUGGGUUUGGGCGCAUUUGGGUUUCAACUCCAGGAAGUCCCAGAUGGUAAAAGAAUCAUCACUACUACACGGUCCCAUAGCAAUAAACUUGUGAUCGACGCAGUGCAAGCCAUGGAGCCUCAUGAUGUCAUCAGAGUGGGAGGGGCUGGGAAUAAGAUCAUCCAGCUGGUGGAGGGAAAGGCCUCUGCUUAUGUGUUUGCCAGUCCAGGAUGUAAAAAGUGGGACACAUGUGCACCUGAAGCAAUUCUGCACGCAGUUGGAGGCAAACUGACAGACAUGCAUGGUAAUGCAUACACAUAUGAUGCCAAUGUGAAGCACAUGAACUCUGCUGGAGUGCUAGCAGCACUGAGGAAUCAUGAGUACUAUUUAAGCAGAGUGCCACAGGCUGUCCUACAGGCUCUUCCUUCUAACUGAACCAUUACAAGAUAUGAAGUCGUACUCUAAACCGUUGUGCCUCAAAGCUGAUAUGUCCUUGCCAUAAAAUCUUCAUUCAUAUAAAAACAAAGAUGAUUUAGUACCGUUUUUAUUUUAACUUUUAUUAUUUCUUCGAUUUAACUUAACUAAAAUUUAAAAUAGUUAAUUAUUUACUGAGGACAUUCACAAUAUGUUUUGAUCCAUUUUCAUUAGGGGACCAAUUUACAUGUUUCUUAAUGUUUAUUAUAAUAUAGCAUGCAGGUCAUUUAACUCAAAAUAUAUUAUACAUUUAUAUAUAGAUGUCCUACUGCAUAUACAUGGUAAUGGUCUUAACCAUUAAAGUUUUUUUAAUUCUAUGUUUGUCCAUUAUUCUGGCUGUCUACACUUUUAGAGAAUAGGAGAACAUGAAUUCUUGUCUGACAGCAUUUAUUAUUGUCUUUACAUACUACUGUCUUACAGCAUUGUAGGUAAACAGAAGAUGCAUUGGAGUUAAACAUUCAGAAUAGUAACACUUAAAACCAGUGUUUUGUGUUUUCAUUGCUAUAGCUAGGUAUUACAUUUAAAAUUAUUUAUGUUCAACUUCAUUGUGUUGAAAGUUGCAUGAGGAAAGUCUGCACUACCCUGCUACUGUGAAAUGUAUUUUCCAUUUAAGGGUAUUUGACCGUUUUGCAUCACCAACCAUAACCAAAACAUUACACCUGACACAACAGAAGUGCAUUAAUAAAAUUAAAUGGUUGACAACCAGGAUUGAUUAUGCAGCUAUAUUUGCAAUAUUUAGUUUAAAGUCUUCCUAUAUCUACUUAUAAACCAAUUUGAUUGAAAACAAGACCAAAAGUUGGAUGAGAAAUAAUCUUUAUUUUAAAUAAUAGACUUCUUUAUUGAAGCAUCAUUGUAAUGAAAUGUCCAAAAACACUUGAAAAUGUGCCAUGAAAACAACAACAACAAAAAAGUGCUAAUCAUAUUUUUAGUAAUGCAUGAUAUGAAAAAGGCUUACCCGAGGUGUAAUGCUGUCAGAAGCGUCUUUCCAUAUUCGAUAAGCAGACCCGAUGGCAGCUUACAGGCCAUCUGUUCAGCAGUUCCAAGACAUGGAGACUUAAAGACACAGUUCACCCGAAAAACAUUCUCAUCGUUCACUGACAGCUUGUGUUGUUCCAAACCUGCAUGUGGAACACAGAAGGAUAAAUGUUGAUAAAUGUACUGGCCAGUGUACUCCACAUGAUGUAAGUGAAUGGAGAUCCAGCCAGUCAAGCUCCAAAAUGAACAAAAGAUAAGUAAAUAAAUCAAAUAAAAUUAGAAGCUACAUAAUAUGACUUAGAUCUACAUCCCAAGUCCUCUGAAGUGAUACAAUAGCCAUAUACAAAAAAAAAACAUCCAAAUUUAAGUCACUAUCUACUUUGAAUCUAAAGAGAACUGGUCACAUCAAGGAUGUCAUAUCUUAAAUGUGACAUAUUUGAACUGAUUGUGGACAGCAGAUGACUGUCAAUGAAUAAAUUAAAUAUCACUGUUCAGUGA